CAGCAGUGAUUGACAGCUAUCAAUCAACAUUAUCAGACUGGAUCUGCAAUCACCAUGAUGAGAAUCAGGAAGCGUGUGAUGAUCCAGCAUCAAUUGACGGCUGUCAAUCAAGGAAAGGCUCACCAAACUAUAUUAACAAUGAACAAGAAAAAGAAAUGAGGGAUUACAGAUUAGUACAUCCUCUGAGGUUUGAACUACGUGCCUUGACUGUUAGACUGGAAGAUAUUGCAUUUAGAUCAGAUAUUCUGGUUAGAAAGGGCAAGAGGACAAGAGAGUUCAAAGAUAAAGAUGAAAACAAUUCUGGUUCUUGUGAGGAAAACCUUAGCAAGGCAAAGAAAGAUCACGUGAAGUUCUCUAAAAAAGGCUUGUCACAUGGCCAAGAGGGCGAUGGUAACAGACAGGAAGUAAACACGGAUUCCACAGUAACUGGCAGCUGUCAAUCAAAAGAUGAUCCGCCAAUGUGUAUUAAUGCUGACAAAGAUGAGAGAGAAGAUUCUUCAGUCGAAACGUCAUUGAAUGGCAGCUGUCAAUCAAAAUGUUUACCAGGUGGUCCUUCCGAUGAUAUGUCAAACUGUAUCAACAAUAAAGAUGACGAGUCUAUGAUUGACAGCUAUCAAUUAAGAGACAGGUCAUGUGGUCCCUUAGAAGGUAAAUCGUCAAACUCUUUUUCAGUAAUUGAUAGCUGUCAAUCAAGUGCGUCACGUGAUGUCACAAGGGAUGGUAAAAACAGAGAGCAUUCAAGCAGCGAGGUGAUUGGUUCAGUAAUUGAUAGCUGUCAAUCAAGUGCGUCAUGUGUCGUGACAAGGGAUGGUAAAAACAGAGAGCAUUCGAGCUGCAAUGUGGUUGGUUCAGUAAUUGAUAGCUGUCAAUCAAGUGUAACACGUGAUCCCUUGAAAGAUACAUCUAAUUGUACAAAGGAUGGCCAUAACAGAGAGGAUUCAACCAACAAGGUGGUUAGUUUAAAGGGUGGAAAGGUUGGUACUUAUGCCAAAAAGAAGGAUGUGGAAAAGAAAAGUAAAUCAAGGCCUGAAAUAAAAAGAAUAACGCGUGGGACGGCUGCUAUCACAGGUAAAAAGAGGAACGGAAAUCCUGAAACAGAGUCUUCAGGGCCUCCUAAACUGAGGCAAAAACGUGUUAACAACGUCGCAAAAAAGCCUUAUAAAUGCUGUUAUUGUGAUAGAAAAUUUCAAGGGAAAUCUCAUUUUAACUAUCACACAAAAACACAUACCAAUACCAGGCCAUUCCAGUGUUCACACUGCGACGAGGCGUUCAUCUUAAAAAGUUGUCUCAGGACUCACGAGCUUGUCCAUACCGACGAAAAACCAUGCAAGUGUUCACACUGCGACGAGGCGUUCAUUUUCAAAAGAUCUCUCAGGACGCACCAACUUGUUCAUACCCGCGAAAAACCAUACAAGUGUUCACACUGCGACAAGGCGUUCUUUUUCAAAAGGGCUCUCAGGACGCACCAACUUGUUCAUACCGACGAAAAACCACACAAGUGUUCACACUGCGACAAGGCGUUCAAAUGGAAUAGUAGUCUUAAAUUACACCUGGCAGUUCAUACCGAAGAAAAACCAUUCAAAUGUACGGAAUGUGAUAAGGUAUUUAUGACAAAUCAAGGCAUGAAAAAGCAUUGUCUUCUAGUUCACACCAAUAAAAACCCAUACCAGUGCUCGUACUGCCACAAGAGAUUUAAAAAUAUGCAUAGAUUUGAAGUUCAUCGUCGUUCACAUACCAACCAAAAGCCCUUCAAGUGCUCGAUUUGUGGUAGGAGUUUCCUUCAAAACACUAGUCUGCUUACACAAGAAAAGCCGUACAAAUGCCCGCAUUGUGAGACUAAGAAAGAAGACCAGAUUGCCCAUACUAGUACAAAACCAUAUGAAUGCCCACUGAUUGGCAAGGCAUUGACAUCAAAGUGGAAGCUUACUGUUCAUCUACGACGAUUCGAAGCUAAAAAGGAAAUAAUAAUGCUAGACGAAUUGUAGAAUGGAUAUAAGAAUAGACCUCCUCGGCUCGGGCGUAAUGUUGUCCCAUUUUAGACCACGUAACAUUCCCUAGAGUAUAUUUUCUUUCUUUGUACCUAUAAAUUACGAAUUGCACUCGAGAUCGUGCGAUUUCCUAGACAAAUUACAAACGAAAAAUUGAGUUUUGGUUUACGUCAAUCACAGGGGUUUCUUAAACAUGUGUAAAGGAUAUCGACUUCGAAUUUCAAACGCAAAGCUAUCGAUAUUGACUUAUGCCAAUGUCAAACGUCGAACUUCAAAUGAGCCGAACCUUAAGACAUCAAAGAAGACCGCCUUAUUAACUAUUGUUUUAAUUAGGUUCGGCUCGUGAAGUUAGACGUUUGACAUUGGCAUAAGUCAAUAUCGAUAGCUUUGCAGUUAAAGCCUGGUUCACACGAGCAACGCAAACGCAAGCGCAAACGCAAGCAAUGUUCACACGUACAACUCAAAUGCAAGUAAAUUAAGAUACGCAUGCGCAGUAGUGCUUGUUUAUAGUUCACACGUAUUUUCCUUUCGUUUACGUUUGCGUUGCUCGUG